CCCCUUAUCCUCGCACUAUCAACUCGUCACCAUCCACGACGGCCUCCCCCUUCUGAAUCCGAUCUCCCACUCUCUGAAUCCAGAAUCGAAAAUGGCAUCGAUUCCUUGCACUAUCCACAACCAUAUCUCAUUCUCUUCUUCGUGUGCUCGCUCUUCCCAGGCAUUACGUUCGCCGUUCUUGGCUUUCACAAAGAGACUCGGGUGGCGGAGAGAUUCGCGGUUAAUGAAGAGAGCAGAUUUAGCAGGCGGAGGCGGCGGAGCUCGGUGUUGGUUUAAGUUUGGGAACCGCGGCGUCGACGCCGAGGGCGCUGGGAUCUAUGGCAGCCAAUCUCGGGACGAUUUCGACCGGGAUGAUGUGGAGCAGUAUUUCAACUACAUGGGGAUGCUUGCUGUAGAAGGUUCAUAUGAUAAAAUGGAGGCUCUUUUGAAUCUGAAAAUUCAUCCUGUCGACAUCCUUCUGAUGCUGGCAGCCUCUGAGGGCGAUAAGCCAAAAAUAGAGGAACUUCUAAGGGCAGGUGCGAAAUUCGAUAUCAAAGAUGUUGAUGGUAGAACUGCAUUGGAUAGGGCUAAUGAUGAGAUCAAGCAAUUCAUUCUUGGCUUCUCUGUGCAGAAAGCCGCCUAACUGAAUUUAACACAGAUUUAACACCUGUUGUGGGUUUUACAUAUAUGCACCUUUUAUACAUUUGAACAACUAGUUAAAUCUUUGUAAUGUUGAGCAUGCAGGAGAUGCUACCGCAAUCUUUAUUUUUUCUUGAUAAAAACUGCAAUCUGCUUGAGAUUUUUUAUUAAUUUUUUGUUUA